AUGGACAAGCAGUCUCAGUUCCAGGCCUCGUUUUCUGCUCUUGUGAAAUGUCUCCAACAGGGCUUCCAGAAAGGGGGAAUCGUGAGCCUACCAGCCGACAUCGUCAAGCCCUUCAGGCAACCCUUCACUCCAACUGAAAGCUCUUCACUUCGCGAUCUACAGAAGGCUUUGGAGAACGGGCAGCCCAAGAAUAUCAACCGUCUUGAUUCACAGUCUUUCUACGUCGUCACCUCGGUCGUUCUUCAAUUCCCCUAUUCAGAAACACAGAGCAAGUUGCUAUAUCUUUUCAUGGACACUAUCCGACGAUACAAAGAUGAGCAUACUCUCGCUCCAGUCUUGUCCCUGGCCCGCGCAACCACUAUUUCUCCCGCAGAAGCCAAAGAACAGGGUGACUAUAUUGGAAGGAAGCUGGGCACUUGCAUACUGCGCCAUCUGCUGGCGCAAUUCCUCUCCGUCUUGCUUCGCUCCAGUUCGGUCGUGGCAAACCAGAUCAUGGAAACUGAUGAAAGCCCGUACUUGGAAACCAUUCUCGCAACAGGAGAGAGCUAUUUCCUUCGCAUACUGAUAGCCGACGUGGUCCGAGAGCUACUCUUCAAUGGUGCAGAAAGAGAGCCUCUUAAGAAAUCAUGCAACCGACGUAGUAUUGUGGAUGAUUUCCCCCUUUCAAAGAACGGCGAUUCUAUGUGGUUGAGCAAAAUUGUUGAUCACCUCAGUGCACAUGAUGUUGCAAGAGCAUCUGUCGGACGAUCUGAGCGCAUAUUCCGGGUACAACGCCUCGAAUGUGACGGAAACGAGUAUUUCGACUGUCCCUCCCCCUUCAUCGCAACCGUGUCGCACGAUAUCUCAUUACUAGUACCCAACGGGCAGGACAUGCUCACAUUGUUUUCAGUCCCUGUGUCGAAAAAUAUCUCCCUCAAUCACCAAACAUCAGAGUCCGAAUCAUCGACGGUCCUUGAAAUCAGAUACCCUGGGAUCGAAGGAGACAAGCACAUAAAUGGAUCCAAAGGUGCGAUAAACAGCCUCACUAUUACUCUGUGUGAUAAGGAUACAGUGGAAGACUUUAUCCAAAUGAUUGAGGAGCAGCGGUGUGACAAUACGCUGCUUGGCUUGCCAAGUGUUCCGAGAAGUCCUAAAAGGCACUCUGUUGCUUUUAUUGAGCUGGGAUCAGCUUCUACAGGCGGAAAUCAUGAAAAGCGUGCAAGAUGGAACGCUUCGACAAUCCCUGAGGCUGAUGCUUCUUCCCCUCUUCACAAUAUUUCAUUGCGUGCACAACAAAAACAGGACUUGACAGCUACAUCUACGAGGCAAGAUCAUGCUUCGAAGUUCGAAUCUUCCGCGAGUUCCAGUGAUAAGUCGGCUGAGGAUACACCGGCCUCGAGGCGUCUCCCAGAAACCGAGCCUCUGAUUGAACGACUACGUGCUUCGCAGGAAGGUCCAAAAGGUGUGCAGUCAAAAGACAAAGUAAGCCCAGCACAGCCGCAGCUGGGUCACAAGAAUUUGGAUGCCGACGUCGCGCAAGGCGCUCUGGGAAAGAAACCAUCGCCGUAUCCGCCUUCUGACGCAACCGAACCAGCUCCUCAAGCUGAACCACUUGAUCCAGAUCGACACUCCCUUGCCAAUAAAUCGGAUCACAGGUAUAACGCUGAGGUGGUGAAAAAAACAACUGCCACUUCGUCGAGAGACGGCCUCGGGUUCUCUGGCGUUGAUCACAGACACUGGGGUAUUAACCAAAUACUUGAAUCUACCCCUAAAAACCCCAGACACGAUGUUCCUAUGGCCAACUUGGUUGGCAUCCAACUUGAUCCAGGAGGCCAUUCUCAAGCUAGCAAAAGUUCAGCCAAAGCUGGUCUUAAGCGGAGGUCGGUCAAAAACUCUACAGCUCCCCAAAAACCACAGCCGCAGAAGCCAUCUAAAUCCGCUUCAGACGCAGCUGAAUUUGACCUUCCGACUUUCGUUGAGGAGGGGACCCGUCCCACAAAGAAAGCAAGGACGAAUAAUCCUAAGGCUCCGACCAAGGCCUCUGCGAAGGAAACUGCAGGGACAAACGGGCGCGCUCGCAAUGCUCAAGCUGCAGUUUCACCAAAACGGCACAAGCACAAGGCAAUUGGGAAGAAGUUGACCAAAGCUCCAGAGAAAAAGACUCGGGCGACGGCCGCCUCAACGAGGGCCAGGCGAGCGGCCAUAACACCAAAAUACAUCGAGCUAUCUGACGAGGGUGGCGAGGGUGGUGCAGGAGAUGCUGAAGAAGAGGAGGAGGAGCCGGCGAACCAUGGAAUCCGCGACAACAUUGAGUGUGCAGAGGAUUCGCUUCCACUGACCAAAGGAGCGCUAGAAAUUGCUCUUAAAGCCUCACAACACAGUUCCGAAUCGAAUAUUGAAGAGAUCAUUGACGGAGACAACACUGACAUGGACGAUGUGCCCACGGAAGUAUCACCUGCGCGAGACUCUCCAGAUGAGCAAGUUGCACCAAGUCGCAACUCUGUGAUUCCAUCCACCAGUCAUAAACAGAGUCCAGCAAGCAGGAAGCAUGUAUUGGACCCUCCAUUCGCAGUGGCUGUCUCCGAAGAUAACCACGAUCCAAAGAGAAUUAGCCAGCAGAAAUCCACCCCUCGGCACGGUCAGAAACGACUGAGUGAAAAUUCCAUACCUCCUGUGAGUGAGAAGCUACUCCGAAAGACUAGAAUCGUCCACUUUAGACCGCAGGGCCCUGAAAAUCAGGCUGUCCUUCAAAAGACCCGCUUAGCGCCGAUCGACCCCGAAACAAUAAAUGAGACCAGUCGGAGGCCAGAACAUCCAGCACGAAUUCAGAGUGAACCUGCGGAAGACGUCGACGAGCGUGUUCUAGACCACACCCCAGAGCCCAUGCCGAGGGCAGUGGAACUGGAAGAGGCCUCCUCCAUGCGUCAUGGCAUUGAUAUGUCAGAGCGGUCUGCUGGAGGCCGAGAUAUGGAUAUGAAUACACACGCUGACAACGCUGACGAACAAGCCAUCGAACUUUAUGGCGAAUGGAGAACAGAUAUCUCUUGCGACCAGGAAGCUUCUGAGUAUAUUGUCUCGGGGCUUGAGGAAGCGGUAAGCGAAGACUCUUUCCAUAUACCCGACUCUCGUAGCUCGCACAAGACCGAUACACAGCGAACGAAGCUGCGAAUGCCUCCUGUCUCUGACGCAGAAUUACCUUGCGACACUGCUGGAGCCAAGCAACCUCACAUUUCUCCAGAGCCGACGCGCCAGUCCAUCGGAGUCAGCUCCCUCAUGGAUCAUUUAUAUCCCCAGACUGAAAAGGUCAUCAAAGCCAGCAAACUCCAUGCCAGUCACCGAGCAAUGGCAAUCAAAGAAGUCAGCAGAAGCCACGCUACGCCCAAGGUGGCCCCUAAGAAAGUCAUAGGGUCUAGAAAGUCCGAGCCGAUACUUGUGUCAGACGAUGCGGAUAUGGUCCGUAUCGACAAUACUGCAGUUGACAUCGUCCCGGUUCCUGUCUUGCGAGCUGUAGCUGUGGGUGAGGACAAUACUUAUUACAAAACUAUUUCACCAAGGCAGGAACAUCUACGGGCCACUCCACAGAGCGAACGCGAGUCUUCUGCGUCCCUCAAGCACUGUGCGGCCGAGCCAAUGGGCCUGCCUCCGCCACCGACCGCGCCGUUGAGGUCAAACAAGCAGCAUUAUCCUCUCCGCAAAUCCUGGCCUGCAGCACAGGCGGAUAGAAAGCCGGCCCUGCUUGAGAAGGCCGUGGAUGAAACGCACAAGCCCCUCGCCACCGGGCCUGUCCGAGUGAAAAAAAACCUGAGUCUGCCUCUUGCAAGUCAUCAGCCUAUGCUCGAACCCGAGCUAUCUCCCGCAACGCCUGUCUCUUUCUCUUCACGUCUCAACCUGCAUUUGCCUCUUCCAGACAGCGAAAGCUUGAAGAAGACGAAUGGCGAAGAGACGGAUCGAAAAAUCGGUAAUGGCAGCUUGACCCUUGUGGACGGGGACGAAACGGGCUUGAGAGAUCGUUCGGGCCAAGGACCCAGGCUAGGACGGAGACAACCAUCCGAGUCUAGAGAUGAUAGCUCUGAGAUCACAUCCCCCUUGCCCAAAACGAAAGAUGUCAGAGGAGGCGACUCGAUGGUGGGUGUCAUAUCUGCCCGCGAAUCUCAACAGGAAAUUUUAGAUGCAAUUAUUAAUAUAACCAAUGAUGUUCUGUUCCGGUUCGGCGCGGAAGAAGACGCCAUCCACGCCAAAGUCGACGAGUAUGACCGUGGAGGGAAUAAAGUCGUGCACACGCUCACCGACACAUGGGACCAUCGUCUGGACCACGAGCGCCGCAUCCUGGUGGAUGUGUUGGAAGCAGAGAACGGUGUCCUCACGUCGGCGCUGCAGCUCGUGAAAGACGAAGAGAAAUCUGGUGGUGCGUGGAAGGAGACGGUGUAUGAUCAGGAGUUGACGGGGAAGGUACAGGAGAAGAGGGACAACCUUGUCAGGAAGAUUGAAAAGUUGCGGAAGAGAGGCUGA